CCGUUGUCGAUCCCUCGGGCACCACGCCUCUCCAUUGCUAUGGACGUGACAGGCCAGUUUCCUCGCGAUCGCCACGGCCAUGACGGUAUUCUCACGGUCGUUGACCGUUUGAGCAAGUAUGCUCGCUUCCUUCCUUGCAAGUAUCAUGCUGCGGCGCCUGAGCUCGCACGACUCUUGCACACCGGUUGGAUUACCAACCAAGGUGUUCCGGAAGACAUAGUGAGCGACCGAGAUACUCGUUUCAUGUCAGCCUUUUGGACUUCCCUCAUGGCUGAGUCCGGUACGACAAUGAAACCGAGCUCGGCUCGGCACCCGCAGACGGAUGGUCAGACGGAACGAGCGCACCAGACCGCUCAGAUGAUGUUGCGUACGCUCAUCCGUCCCGACCAGAAAGAUUGGGUUGACCGGCUUCCCGACAUCGAGUUCGCCUAUAACACUUCGGUGCACCCGGCGAUCUGCGUCACACCAUUCGAGUUACGUCAUGGUGGAGAGAAAGCACGGAUCUUCGCUGAUCUCCUUUUGCCACAGGCUGCCGACAUAGACGUCCCUUGCUCUCCCGCUUCCRUCCGGAAGUACCGGGACUUGCUGAUCAAAGCCCGCGCAAAUAUGCAAAAGGCUCAGAUCCACAUGCAGCAGCAAGCUAACCGACGUCGACUUCCAUGUCCUUUUCGCGAGGGAGACCUUAUUUGGGUCCUUUCCGAGGAAUUUGCGCUCGAGCAGGACGUUUCGCGCAAACUCCUUCCGAAAUGGUUCGGACCAUGGGAAGUCACUUUUGUCGUUAGAGACAAUCCCGCAGGCCCUUCCUUCGUGAUCAACAUUCCACCGCACCUGACAGUGCAUCGGGUCUUCCACGCAUCGAAGCUGGCCAUGUACACGCCACCUUCAAAUGACGAGUUUCCCGGACGUCGAUCACAGGAUCCGCCCUCCAUGGACGGACAUCAGGAAGUGGACCGAGUCCUCGCGCACCGCAGGUAUGGCAACAAGCCAAGGCAGUACAARGUCACAUUCAAGCAAUGUGCGCCUGAUGACACUCGGUGGAUCUCCAGUGAAGAUUUGCAGACUUCUGCACCCCUCAUCUUCGCUGACUAUGAGAAGCGACGCCUUGCUAAGGACGCAGCUCGUCCCGCCCGACCCACCCCGGUAUCGGAYAGACAACUUCGCCCUCGCAGGUAGCUCGGUCUUUUAAGAGGGGGAGUGUGUUACAUCUUCGACGCACACGGGUCCUACCGGACCCGACUUAGGGCUAGAGGGACAC